AAGAAGAUGCCACCUAAACUCCUCGGCCGGGGUGCAGUUCAGAUUCGUUGGCGGAAGGUAGCGACCAGUCCACGACGAUGGGGGAGUUCGAUUUCCCAACGACCAGGAUCAGAUAGUGUUCGCUUCCCCGGCGCCGUGAACAGCAAGUUCACCACGCAAAUGUCCUUCGUCAAGCCCGCUGAUAUCCCUGCAAUCCCUACGUACCGCGUCAUGGACUCCGACGGAGUGCUGGUCGAUACGGACCGGGGGCCGCCAGACGUGACGGAUGCGGAGGUGCUGACAUGGUACAAGAAUAUGUUGACGGUGAGUAUCAUGGACGUGAUCAUGUUCGAGGCGCAGAGACAAGGACGUCUAAGUUUCUACAUGGUGUCUGCAGGGGAAGAAGGCGUGACCGUCGGCUCCGCUGCAGCGUUAUCACCAGACGACGUCGUCUUCGCGCAGUACCGAGAAGCAGGCGUCUUCCAGCAAAGAGGGUUCACACUGCAAGAGUUUAUGAGCCAACUGUUCUCCAACAAGAACGAUAAUGGUCGGGGUCGGAAUAUGCCGGUGCAUUAUGGCCGUAAAUACCCAAAGAUGCACACCAUUUCAUCCACUCUCGCAACCCAAAUCCCACAAGCCGCCGGCGCAGCAUACGCAUUGAAACUCAAAGCGCUGCAGAACCCCAACCACCCGGCCAGCGUGGUAGCGUGCUACUUUGGCGAAGGAGCCGCCAGCGAAGGCGACUUCCACGCCGCGCUCAACAUGGCUGCCACGCGGUCGUGUCCUGUAAUCUUCGUCUGUCGGAACAACGGGUACGCCAUCUCCACGCCCACGUUGGAACAGUAUCGCGGCGACGGCAUCGCAAGCCGGGGAAUCGGGUACGGCAUCGACACCAUCCGCGUCGACGGGAACGACAUCUUCGCCGUGUACGAGGCUAUGCAGGCCGCGCGGAAGCUCGCUCUCGAAGGAGGGCCCGGAGGCGGCCGCCCCAUCCUCAUCGAGGCAAUGAGCUACCGUGUCUCCCAUCACAGCACCUCGGACGACAGCUUCGCGUACCGUGCCCGCGUGGAAGUCGAGGACUGGAAACGCCGCGAUAACCCGAUUAUCCGUCUACGCAAGUGGCUUGAGCGUCAGGGGAUCUGGGACGAGGACCGCGAGCGCGAGACCCGCGAGGAUCUCCGCCGUACCAUCCUCAAGGAGUUUGGCGCCGCAGAGCGAGAGAAGAAACCGGCCUUGCGCGAAGCCUUCACCGAUGUCUACGAGGAGAUGACCGACGAGACCCGCGAACAGAUGCAGGAGCUCAAGCGUAUCCUGCAGACUUAUCCUGAAGAAUACGAUCUACGCCAGUACGAGGGCGGCGCCGACAGUCUGUAGUAGCUGUGUAUAGAUCAACUAAUGACUUGUAAUGAAAACGUGCUAUUUUUUUAGGAAAAAAAAAAAA